CGUCCUCCCAUUCUCAGCGCACAGGGUGCCGAUCAGUGGUGCGCUGUGUCCCGAAGGUGUCGGCUCGGUCAUGUGAUCAGCUAUGUCCAAUCACAGCUGGUCACUGAUCAUCAGGGCACUGAUGAUCAGUGUGCCCUGAUGAUCAGUGUAACUCCAGAAGUGCCACCUGUGUCAUUGUGUCAGUGCAUCAGUGCCUCGUGCCAGUGCACAUCAAUGCCACAUAUCAGUGCCCAUCUGAGCUGCCUUUCAGUGUCACCCAUCAGUGCCGCCUAUCAGUGCCAUGCAUCAGUGCUGCCUUUCAGUGCCCAUCAGUGCCUCCUCAUCAGUGCCACCUAUCAGUGUCAGUCAGUGUAGCCUAUUCGUGCA